AGUGCCGGCGGGGGCCGGAAGUAGCCGAAGCCAGCGGCGGAAGUAGCCGAAGCGGCCGGAGCGAGCGGGCGGGCGGCAAGGCGAGGAGAGAGAGCUGCAGUGGGCCCUACGCGGCCGCUUAAAGCAUGUCGGACUUCGAUGAGUUCGAGCGGCAGCUCAACGAGAAUAAACAAGAGCGGGACAAGGAGAAUCGGCACCGAAAGCGCAGCCACAGCCGUUCUCGGAGCCGUGACCGUAAACGCAGGAGCCGGAGCCGAGACCGACGCAACCGGGACCAGCGCAGCGCCUCCCGGGACAGGCGGCGACGAAGCAAACCUUUGACCAGAGGCGCUAAAGAGGAGCACGGUGGAUUGAUUCGUUCUCCUCGCCAUGAGAAGAAGAAAAAGGUCCGUAAAUACUGGGAUGUGCCACCACCUGGUUUUGAGCAUAUCACCCCAAUGCAGUACAAGGCCAUGCAAGCUGCGGGUCAGAUUCCAGCCACUGCCCUUCUUCCCACCAUGACUCCUGAUGGUCUGGCUGUGACUCCAACACCGGUACCUGUGGUUGGGAGCCAGAUGACUAGACAGGCCAGACGUCUCUACGUGGGCAACAUCCCUUUUGGCAUCACUGAGGAGGCCAUGAUGGAUUUCUUCAACGCUCAGAUGCGCCUGGGUGGACUGACUCAGGCCCCUGGAAACCCAGUCUUGGCUGUGCAGAUUAACCAAGACAAGAAUUUUGCCUUUUUGGAGUUCCGGUCAGUGGAUGAAACUACCCAGGCCAUGGCUUUUGAUGGCAUCAUCUUCCAGGGUCAGUCAUUGAAGAUUCGCAGGCCUCAUGACUACCAGCCACUGCCUGGCAUGUCAGAGAACCCCUCUGUUUAUGUGCCUGGAGUUGUGUCCACCGUGGUCCCUGACUCUGCCCACAAGCUGUUCAUAGGGGGCUUACCCAACUACCUGAAUGAUGACCAGGUAAAGGAGCUUCUGACAUCAUUUGGGCCUCUCAAGGCCUUCAACCUGGUCAAAGACAGUGCCACAGGGCUCUCCAAGGGCUAUGCCUUCUGUGAGUACGUGGACAUCAAUGUCACGGACCAGGCCAUUGCGGGUCUGAAUGGGAUGCAGCUAGGGGACAAGAAGCUGCUUGUCCAGAGGGCGAGUGUGGGAGCCAAGAAUGCCACGCUGGUGAGCCUCCCGAGCACCAUCAAUCAGACACCUGUGACUCUGCAAGUACCAGGCCUCAUGAGUUCUCAGGUGCAGAUGGGCGGUCACCCGACUGAGGUCCUGUGCCUCAUGAACAUGGUGCUGCCGGAAGAGUUGCUUGAUGAUGAGGAGUAUGAGGAGAUUGUGGAGGAUGUGCGAGAUGAAUGCAGCAAGUAUGGGCUUGUCAAGUCCAUUGAGAUCCCCCGGCCGGUGGAUGGCGUCGAGGUGCCUGGCUGUGGAAAGAUCUUUGUGGAGUUCACCUCUGUGUUUGACUGCCAGAAAGCCAUGCAGGGCCUAACCGGCCGCAAGUUCGCCAACAGAGUGGUUGUCACAAAGUACUGUGACCCCGACUCCUACCACCGCCGGGACUUCUGGUAGAGGCGGCUGGGGGAGGGUGGGGCUGGGGCUGGCUGGGGAUGUCUUUUCCCCUGCCUGUCCCCCCCCUUUUUCCCCCCUCUGAAGACGAAGGGCAGAGGAGUGACAGCCGAAUGACAGCCGGCAGCAACUGGAAUGGCAGCAAUUAAGGGGGGUGGGGGGUGGGGGGCUAGGGCAGGGAGGGGACUGGGGAAGUGCACACAGGCCCACACAGACACAUGCACCCACACAGACACAGAGGGAAGGGGUUGGGAUGGGGACUGGGUGCACAUCAAGGCGGGUAGGAAACCCCCCACAGCCCCUCCCGAAACAGCCUCUCCUCCCUUACCUGAUCCCUUCUGUCCUCUCCUUUCCCAUGGUAGGAACAUAGCGUGUUUAUAUUUUAUGGCCAAACUAUUUUGAAUUUUGUUGUCUGGCCUCAGUGCCCUGUCCUCUUCCCUGCAGGACCACAGCUCCCGUCCCCUGGCUUUUGGUCCUCCCCGGUCUCCACCCCAGUUUCUUAAGUAGUUGGUUCUCUUUAGUCUUCCCACCCCUCAACCCUGUGGCCCUUGCCCCUCUCCUCCUCUCUGUGGCAGUUUCAUAUUUGCUAAUACGAAUUUGCUCAUUAAACAUUUUGUUGUAUUUUA